AGAGGCUCUGACGGAGAUUUGAAGUACGAAUCAAUCGGGUCGGUGAUAUUUUACCGACCAGGAACUGGGUUCACGUCCACGCUGAAGAGAGGCGGAAGUUACGCUACGAUUCCCGGAAAUCAGGUGGUCAACAACAAUUCUACUCUCACUUCCGGUGUUUUGCCCAAGUCCGGGGAUCACAUGAUGAAAGACCGUGACGAUAUUCCUUCAGAUUCUGGCAUAAACCCGAAUGUGUCAAUAUCAGCGAGGUCUGGGUCACACACGACCACCACGGGUUCCAGCGGCGGUCAUCCCCCGCAGCAGCAGCAGCAGCAACAACCGCAGCUGCACCAAAUGCCGGGCAAUAACUCAUUAAUGUGGGGCACCGGAGGUUCCAACUUUUCGCAGCAGCACCAGCAAGUGUGGUACAAGCCGCCAUUCACCCCAAAGAUUGGGUCAACUGCUGGCAGUUCCAGGAGAUUAGUGACCAGUCCCUUCCAGCAACAUGUUUCCUAUCCCAGGAUAACCUUGCCACCUCCUCCACCGGACACUCCUCCACCACCUGCGCCAACUUACGCCACGCCAGUGUAUGCCAGUUUGAAUCAGCAGCAACAUUUGCAGGCUGCGAGCACGCUAAGCUCUCAGUUCAGUGCCCAUCAGGCGACUGUGACUGAG